AUCACUGAUGUGCAUAGAUGCCAUGUCGUUAUUUGAAACCGGGCCAUCACGCAUCAUAUUUCAAGAACACCUAACACCCUUUAUAGGAAAAAUGCGUGCACAGUGGGGCAGCGGGUCCCAGGCAGUUAUCUGCCUGAUGAAUGCUGAGCUCGCUUCCAGGUCUGUUAAAACUGGAAUAGAAAAUUACAGAAUUGCUGCCGCGCAGCGUGCAUUUUGGCACAAUGUGUUGAUCACCGAUGCUAUACUGUCUCAAGCUGACUCGAGGCGCCAUGUCUGCUAUAUAACGAUAUAGAUGGAGCUGGCGAUAUUGCCCACACAAUUGUACAUCCCCCAGGUAUAAUUUUUUUUCACCAUGGCUUCACGACAUAUCCCACUAGACGCCGCUGUCAUCAUGUCAACGGUUCUGGAAGGCAUUUUAUACGGCUUUUCAGUUCUCAUGUUCAUAGGUACGAUCUGGACAUUCACCUACAAACGUCACGUUCGGGACAUCAAUUGGCCAAUUGCUGUGGUUGCCACCCUGUUACUCGUACUGAGUACCGCGCACAUAGUCGUAAACAUCAUUUAUCUCGAAGAUGGACUGGUGAAGUAUCACAACACGUUCCCGGGCGGUCCACAAGCGUUCUUCGCAUACACUCCGCAAGCAACAUUUUUAGCCAAGAGUGCAAUAUAUAUAUUGCAAACUCUGGUUGGCGACGGAGUGGUGAUUUAUCGAUGUUACGUCGUUUGGCAAUCUAUUUGGGUUAUUAUUAUACCAUGUAUAAUGUGGUGCGGUGUCGCAGGGUGUAGCGUUUGUAUGGUCUACUUCUUUUCGCAAGCGUCGAUUAGCGAAAUCGAAAAUUUCUUCACCAGCAAGCUUGGACAUUGGGUUGCGGCGUUCCUGUCAUCCACACUUGCGACUAAUUUGUUGAGUACAGGAUUGCUGGCAUAUCGCAUCUGGACAAUCGAACGCAAUGUCUCUACAUUUCGCGCUACGAAGGGCAGAGUGCCUAUAUUGCGCAUGCUAAUGGAUGCUGCUAUUUUGUACUCUGCGGCGCUCUGCUCCUCGCUAAUAUCUUUCGCCCUCUCGAAUGAUGGUCUGUUUGUUGUAGCAGACGUGAUCAACCCGAUCAUCUCGAUAACCUUCUACAUGGUGUUUAUUCGCAUCGCCGUCCGCCAAAACAAUACAGAUUACGUCUCGACUGUACAUGUCGGUGGAGGGACUACAGAACAAGGCACACCGCAACACCCCCUGAAGAAUAUAUGCAGAGAAAAUGACGUACCCUUCUUGGUUGAUAGCCCGAAAUUAGUAGGAACGCAUCUAGUAGGGUAGUUAUCCUGCAUAGUAGACUUCUGCAAAGCUAGCUACCUUCAUACUUUCGCAUGUACGCUCUUCGUUCUGUUACCUUUGCGUCAGAUUUUAAUUUGAGUCGUGCGCUCUUGUAAUAUGUCCU